GCAUAGGUGCUGUGUCUAACAUCUAGCUUUUGUGCUUGUUGUUGUUUAUCGUGGUGUUGUUUAUCAUAUUUCGUGAUGCCUUUCGAGCUGUGAAGGAAGGCUAGGGGCAGACAACGGUGGACAGCAGUGUUGUCCAGUGAAGCUCAUGGACGUAGCUUCAUGGCACAGUCAUACCCAUACGAUGCCAAGACUGACGUAUACGGAUUCGAGCGUCCAGAUGACUUCGACUACAAAAGCUACAAUGAAUUUUUUGCAAACUACCUUAGCGUGCUUUAUCGACGAGGUCGAAAGUGGAACUACCUUAUUAGCAAGGAUCGUCCCAUCAAAAAGGGAUGGAAAGUGAAGCGCUAUGUUCGCAAGGGGAUUCCAAAGGAGCAUCGCAAGCAGGUAUGGAUGAUAAUCUCCGGAGCACAGACACUUCGAGAUCUGCAGCCGGGACUGUAUCGCACCCUUUUGCAAACUCACUGGCAGCAAGAAAUUGUCGAGUCCAUACGAAUUGACGUCCCGAGGACGUUCCCGGACAACAUUUUCUUCCGCAACGAGCACGACGGGAACAGGCUGGCUCUGUUUGACAUCCUUGCAGCUCACGCACAUCACCAAGAUUCUCCUGGUUACUGUCAGGGUCUCAACUUUGUCGCCGGCUUGUUGCUGCUCACGACGGAAGAUGCGGAGGUCACCUUCUGGUUGUUGCACGUGAUGGUCACGCAGAUACUACCUGACUAUUACACAAACGACAUGUUGGGGCUGCUGACUGACAUUGAGGUACUAGCGGAAUUAAUAAGCAUGAAAGCCCCGCCAGUCUACGAACACCUGCGAAAACAUGGGGUUUCGUGGGCGCUCCUCACCACCAAAUGGUUUGUCUGUCUCUUUGCGGAGGUCUUGCCUAUUGAGACAGUGCUGAGGAUCUGGGACAGCCUUUUCUACGAGGGAUCGAAGAUCCUGUUUCGUGUUGCAAUCACGCUCAUUAUCAUUAAUCAAGAUCGGAUCUUGGCAGCUCCAGGGUUUACGGAGAUCACUACGGUGUUUAAGGACAUCACCGGAGGGUAUGAAGUGAUCAACUGCCAUUCCUUUAUGCAGGCCAUAUUCAAAAAGCCGGGCUCCAUAUCAUCGUCUCUCAUCCAACAGCUCAGAGCAAAGUGCCGGGAAAGAGUGUGUCAAGAACAGGCAAGACUCAGGCAAAGAUGAACUUGUCACCCCCGACACUGUGCCAUGCAUCCAGUGCAUUGCUCUAGUCUCUUCCAAAGAUAUUGCACGGAAUCCCAGCCCACGGUUCAUUGUAAACAUGUCAAUUACAUCAGUGCUCACAAUAAGAGAGGGCACGAGCACGCUAAUUAACUUGAUUUUACAGUGACACGUGGAUUCCAUGCACUUCGAACUGCAGCAAAUUCUGCUGGACUUGGUCGUCGGGAUGGCUCUUUACAUAAACCUGGACACCGAACGGUGUAGGGGCCAUGUGUCUCCUACUGAUUGUAGUCUUUCACUUGCAUCAAAAUUUGGAUAUUUGUGUGCUGUGCAGGACAGCUCCUGCGUAGGAUGGCAAAGCGUUGUGGAAGUUCUCCUGCGUGUCUCUUGCUUUAGCUUUUUUAAAUAAUUAGACGCGUGUUUGAUGUGGGGACAUCUUAUUCUGUUUAUGUCUAGUUGUUUGUAUUGCAAGGCGAUUGCACUUUUACUGUCGUGAAUUUCGAAAUUCCUAGUCUUUUUUUACGUCAGUGGCAUUCUUUUGUGCCAUCCUCUGCAGUGUUGCGCAUGGAUACGAUGUGGCAAUAACCUUUAAGGGGCUUUCACGAAGUGAUUUUGUCCGUACAUAUAUUACAAACAAUGGCAACUGAGUAAAGGUCUGAUAUUACUGAAAUAUGAAGAAAAACAUGAACUUCUGGCUACAAUUACAUGUACGCCUAAAAAAAGACCUGUAUUGUUCUACCAUAUGCAUGGCAUGCUCUUUGAUUCAGGUACUUCAUGUGCAUUCCAUGUUCCACUUGUAACACGUUACUAUUAAUAUGUUACGACUCCUUUACUGUCACUCAUCAAGUGCUUUUUAUAUGCUACAAUGCUUCUAGCUGGCAGCGCCUUUCUUUUGCUUUCUUUCAUGUUUUAAACCACAACUAGCAGACGUAGAAAACAGACAUACAAAUAUUGUCUUAUAUAUCUUGCCAAUAUUUGCAACUGUGAACGUCAAAUAAGCUCACUGCCAAUCAUUAUUGGUAGAGUUUUGUUGCUGCUACAUCCAAUGGGCUGCUGUUACAAGUGUUACGACAUGCAUAUUGUUUUAAUUAUCGCGGUCGGCACUGAUAUUAAAGUAAUUUUCUAUUUUUUACUUGACAAGGUUGCGGUGAACACAUUGAACCGUUUUUCAGCUUGAUCUUUCACCUGCAGUUACUGUUGAAGCCUGAUUGAACUAUCGUGAGUGAUCAAAAAUGAAUGCACCCUGGCAUGCAAAAAACGUUUCUCGCUGAAUGAAAGACUCUGUUUCCUUGACACCAACACAAAAGGAACGGGAUUCAACCGUUCCAUCAUUCGUGGUUGAUGCAUGAACGAAACUGCAAGUUGCACUUUCUCUCGUCUCUCCUCCUCAAGAAGAGUGGCAAUGUGGAGCGACCUCCCAUUGGUUUCCUCAAACGAUUCGCCCAGUCAGUGUGGGAGAUCGUUUGAGGAAGCCAAUGGGUGGCGGCCCUGCAAUGUUACGCUUCUUGAGAAUGGGCCAGUGUCAAGGUCAAGGUAACUGCAUAUUUCGUCAAGGAGAGAUUUAGUGUCCCUUUAACUCUUGUAUACUGUACGGAACUGUUACACCUUCUAAAGCUGGUAGGACGUUCAUCUGGUCACCCAGGCAACCUUGGAAGCGGAAUAACAUGGAUUAGCUGGACAGUUUCUACUUUCACAUUUUUGUGCAGUCACUUGAUUAGAACAUCUCUCUAGAAACUAAGAACUGCAGUCCAGCCUUCCUUAAUUUGCAUAAUGUGAGCCAGGAUGCUUUAGGUCAAAAUAUUUCUUUGAAACAAUACAUUUGACAGCUUUUGUAGUAGGCUAUGUUGUUGGUCAUGGAUACCUGCACUUUUCUUGUAGCAAUCAUUGUUGUACUCUCAAAUGAGCAAUAUUGCCUGGUAUUAUUAGGAUGUAUUGAACAUGGAUGGAUGGAUUUAUAUGCAAUGACGUAUUGAAUGUGCAGGAUUACGUGCACACUUUCGUGUAUGAUACUUCAGUCUGACGGAUUAUAUGUAUAGAUAAAGCUCCUUGUCUUUCAUUGUGCUUUGACGCUUAAAAUUGAGUCCACUGUUAUAACACGUGCAAGCUGUCAUAAAAGCUUGUCAAUACAAAGCCAA